AUGACCUCCACUCGUACAAUUCUGCUUUGCAUAGUGUUUGUGAUUAUUUAUGCUUGUGCAGAAGAAAACAACAAAGUUGUCAAGCAAGUUCAAUUCAGCCGAAAUAUGCCAGCAUGGCGUUCAUCAGUGCGAGUUAGGCAGGUGCAGGGCGAUUUCCCGGGCUUGUCUUCCUUCUACGGCUCGCGACCUCGACUUUUUAACUUCAACAAGCGAUACUAUGAUAUGUAUGACAAACAAGAACGCUAA